AUGGCUGAAGCAUGCUCAACAAGCGUGAGGCAGGAGAUAUUGAAUGCAGAAGAGGUGUUAGAUCGACUAGAUGAGUCUGACAUUGACCUUUCUGGAUCCGAAGAUGAUAUGGAAGAAGAACACGAUUCAAAUUCCUACAGUAUCAAUAACAGACUGGUAGUUUCGACCAGCAAUGAAGACGUGGAAGAAAGUGAGGAGCCAGCUGAUGCUGUAAACAGUAGUAAGCAACAAGAGAAAAAGUUCAAAAUAAAGUGGCAUUCGCCAGAUAGAAAUCCAUUUCAGCCUGGAUUUCUGACCUGGCAAGAAAGGUCAAUUGCUGCUGAUCCUCUAGAUACACCUGCAAAAUAUUUUUUCUACUACUUCCAACCAGAACUAUUUCAACUUUUUGCGGAUAAAACAAAUAUUUAUCACUUGCAAGCAAAGGGCAAAAUUCUUGGUACCAAUUCAGUCGAAAUAUGUCGCUUUUUUGGGGCGUCGAUUGUGAUGGCUAACUUGGGUUUCCCACGACUUCGGAUGUAUUGGCAAAAAGUGAAUAGUGUUGACAAGAUUGCUGAAUCCAUGCCCGUUAAUAGAUACUUCCUGCUUCGUAAUAGCUUACACGUGAAUGCGGCUAGACAACCUCCUACUGGAGAAAAUUGUAAGUUUUGGAAGGUGAAGCCAGUUAUUAAUGCAGUUCGAAAUCGUUGCAUCCAGUUGCCUCGUGAGGAAUUUAAUGCGGUUGAUGAGCAAAUGAUUCCUUUCACUGGUAGAGUACCUGCUAAACAAUUCGUCAAAGCUAAACCCAAUCCUGUUGGUCUCGAGAAUUUUGUUAUUUGUGGUAAAUCUGGGCGAGCAGUCGAUUUUGAAAUUUAUCAAGGUGCCGGCACAGGAAUUCCGGAUGAAACUAAGCACUAA